ACGGCAGAGGCAGUGCUGGCUAGCUGGCUGGUGAUCACCAGUGAAUUACUGCUCGAUGACAUCCAAAGCAGAAGAACACCUGCAUCCUCGAUGUCGCCAAAUGCCUGCAUGCUCACGUGCCUCUCGCACCUCCAAUGGAAAGGAAGCGACGCGGAUGCAUUCGUGAAUGGUCGGAUGCACGGCUGUAAGGCAAAAAAGAAAUGCGAAGCAAAAACCAAUGGUUGUCCAGGCUCUUCCUUCGCGGGUGCAGGAGCGUCUUGCCGCGGGAUCUGUUGCGAACUCUCCUCUGGCAUGCUCUCCGACGUGUUCGGGAAUGUCUGGACGGUCUUUGGCGUAGCGACUCUGCUCGGAAUCGAACCGAGCAGGUUCUGUUGUUCAGACUACAACAGGCUACUACUAGCGCUUGUGCGCUAAGCCCCCUAGGCUAUCGGUGCGGUAUGCGUGGUAGGACGCGUGCCGCUUUUCAAGUACAAUACGCGUUUUUUUCCGGACUCCGGAUGGAAGCACUUGCCUCUCGAUGCCUACGCAGAUCCCGCAAGGUCCGCGGUUCUAAGUCAAGAUCGACUCCCCCUCGGCUUCAAGAGACGUCAAUAUCGUUCUGGCGGCAAGAAACUCGAGCGAGGGUUGAAGCUGAGAGCGUCGAGGAAGCUUGAGCUACUGCACGUGCUGAGCGUGUCACACGAAGGCGCAAGACUGCUGACAUGCCGGAGUUGAAGUCAAGAGAAGACCGAGGCAAAGGAGAAGAUGAAUGCUAUCAUCACAGGACAGUAGGUGUUCCGUAAGCCGAAGCGGAAGGUACGAUGGACAGCAUCAUGAAGAAGUUGAGCUCACUGCGAAAUGGGCAACUUACUUGCUUCCCGUGCCACUCGUGACUCUCGCCUUCGGGCACACUG